AUCCUCACCGCGCACAAUGUCCAACGCCGCCAACAACCGGCCCCUCUCGAAGGAAGCACUCGCGGCCAUUCCGGUGCUCCGGUCGCUGAUCAUCUCCGAAAAGGGAACUUCCACGCUGAAGCGCAUUUUGAACGACUACGCCAAAGAGGAGGGCGAACCACUUCCGUUCCGCAAGUUUGGCUUCCCGUCGGCGGUCGAGUACCUGAAGGCCACCGACGAGUUCGUGCUGCGGACGCACAUGGGCGAGACGACGAUCUUCGUAAAGCCCAAGGCGGACACGGCGCACAUCCAGAAGAUGGUGGCCGCGCAGAAACCGGCCAAGGUUCCGGUCAAACGGAACCCGGCCUACUCCUGGAAGAACCCGCAGCUUCGAUACUCCAACCAAACCGGUUACAUGCCGAAGCCUCUGCCGAUGCCGAAGCAAUACGGGGUGUUGCAGAAGAACCCCAACAAUCCGCUCAAACGGUUCUUCCCGUCGAAUUGUACCACGCACUACCCGAAGAUCAGCAUCGGAAAUGAAAACGUGCCGCCAAGGCCUUCGGUUCCACCCAAGGUCGUUCCGUCGCUGGCGACGCCCACGGUGCCUUAUCCGAAGGUCGUGUCCGCCGUUAAGGUGGAAAAAAGUGAAACGAAACCGAUCGCGGUUUCCGCACCGCCCAAAAUGAACGAGAAUGUCCCACCGACACCGCCGGUAACCGUUACGCAGCAAGCCUACGUGCGUCCCAUGUUGAACAACAAUUACUUCAUCCAGAGGGAGAAUCCAGUUCCGUCGUAUCAUGUGCAGCAAUCCGUUCCAAAGAACCCCUGCGCCGUGCAGAAUCCGAACCACUUUCCGUCGAAUCCGUUCCAAAACGAUCGAUUUGUGCUGCAGCCCAAGAAUAACACCUGCGCCGUUCAGAACCAGCCGAGCCAGUUCCCAACGAAUCCGUUCAACGGCAACGUGCGACAUCCGCCAGGCUUCCCCUAUCAUCCGAUUAUGUUAAUGGAAGCGAAGCAGUUAACAUCCCCACCACCCAGCUACAACAUCCCCUCGCAAGCCCAGUACCAAGGCCAGAACGUUCAGUACUCGUCCAACCCCUUCGGCAACAACUACUCACAGCUCCCACCACAGCUGCAUCAACGGCAGAUCCCCAACAUCAAUAUCAACAACAACCCCCGUAACCCGUUUACCGUCCUGCAGCCGCAGCAGCAAACUCCGCCGCCGCCACCCCCAUCAGUUUCUUCCGACCAAAUCAUCCAACUGCUUGACCAGCAGGUCCAGAUGUUGCACGAUUCGGUCAGAAGCUUCCAGAGCUCGUACAAGCAAUCGCGCUCUCUGCUCCAGACCAAACUUAACCAGGAGGUCGAGAUGAUGGAGGCGAUUGUGCGGCAGUACCAGCGAACCGUAACGGACCAGCAGCGAAGCCAGCAGGCGGCCGUCGAUCGGCUGAACCAGCAGCUGGAGUUGCUGCAUGCGACGUGCCGCGUGAGCCAGUUGGGCGGCGGAGGUCAAUGAGUUUGUUGGCGUACACAGGUGUGAUAACUCCCGUGGAGUUGCGUUCCCUUUUGUUGUCGUAUGUUUUUUGCUUUCUUUUUUGAAACGUGGAAAUUUCGUUACUUUUGUGAAGAGUUAAGUAAACGUUAAUUGUCUGUUUCGCAGCAUAUCCAUAAUAAAAUGCUUUCUGAAAUUUGUUC